AUGAAUGCCUUGGACUCCUUGGUCCUUAACGGGGAGACAGAUGCAUCUUCCACCCAAAGGAAGGCUGUUAACAACAAGAUUACUCAGUUGAAUUCCAUUGAAACCCUGACUAGUAGCAACUACAAGAAGUGGAAACAAGAUAUUGAAAUAGUGUUAGGUCUGAUGGAGGUGGACUUUGCAUUGACUGAACAGAAACCUGCUGAACCUGUAACUACUAGCACUACUAAUGAAAAUGCUAAGUAUGAGAAAUGGAUGAAGGCUAACAAAUUGAGCCUUAUGAUAAUGAAGAGAUCCAUUCCUGCUCACAUAAAAUGUGCAAUUAAGGAUAAUGGAAAUGCAAAAGAUUUUUUGAGUGCCAUUGGACAGAAAUUCCUAGAAUUUGAUAAAGCGGAGAUAUGUAGCCUGAUUGAUUCCUUGUCUUUCAUAAAGUAUGACCUUUUAGGUAGCGUCCGUGAUAAUAUUAUAAAAUUUAUUAACAUUGCUACCAAACUCAAUAAUUUAGGUGUAACCAUUACCGAUGAGCUUAUUACUGUUUGUGUGGUAGAGGAAGAAAGGAUCCAAAAGAAGAAAGUUGAGGUUUUAGUGAACCUUGUUAGUUAA